AUGUUUAAUGAUUACAAAGUCAGUCCUCUCAAGUGUCCUGUAAGUGAUGUCCUUCCUGUUCUACAUGAAUGGUAUAAGCCGGGUGGUCUCAUCAUUGGUGGGAUGACGUCUCACAUCUAUUAUGUUACCAAUGGAUUUUCCUUCAAGGAAUCCCCUAGCCAGGAACUAGAGUCUUAUCUUCCAAUCAUAGUGACCAAAUUCUACCAGCAUCUCUUGUCCUUGGCAUUCACUGUAAAUGAGAUCAACGAGAAUCCUGAGAUCUUGCCCAAUACAACACUUGGAUUUCAUAUCUAUGACACGUACAAUGAUGUGAAAUUGACCUAUCGCAAUGUUUUAGACCUGCUCUUCAAAUCUCGUAGAUUUGUCGCCAACUACAGAUGUGACAGCCAGAAAAAUCUCAUCUCUCUCAUUGGGGGGCUUGGGUCUGAUAACUCCUACUACAUGGCAGACAUCUUCAGUCUUUACAAGAUUCCACAGCUUUCAUAUGGAUCAUUUGCCCAAGAAGUGAGUGAUUCAACCCAAGCAUCCUCCUUUUACCGCACUGUCCCAAAUGAAAGCCAUCAAUAUAGGCCAAUUAUCCAGUUACUACAGCAUUUUGGGUGGAUGUGGAUUGGGCUCCUUGCUGCAGAUGAUGGCAGUGGAGAUCGCUUCUUGCGGAACCUGGAGCCCUUGCUUUCUGAGGGCGGCAUCUGCUCAGCAUUCACAGAGAGAAUCCCACACCAUGGCCAUUUCCCUGACAGCAAUGAACUUAAAACCAUGGGUGAAAAUAUUCACCAGUAUCUUCUGAAUGAGAAAGUUAAAAUAAUUGUUAUCUAUGGUGAAACAUCAGUUGUUAUGUGGCUGGUUAUGUUAUUUGCUACAGAGGAGUUUGACUAUAAAGGAAACACAGCUAGUAGGAAGGUGUGGAUUACAACAGCCCAGAUAGAAUUUCUAAUGACGGUUAUUAUAAGAGGUUGGGAUUUUGAAAUAUUUGAAGGUGCCAUUUCCUUUGCAAUACAUACAAAUGAACCUUCUGGAUUCCAGGCAUAUCUUCAGAGCAUCCGAUGUUCUUGGACACAAAGAGAUCGCUUUAUCAAAGACUUUUGUGAACAUGCUUUUGGCUGCACAUUUCCCACUCCCAGUACAUCUACAGAGAAUGAUGAAAAAUGUACUUUGGAAGAGAAGCUGGAGAGCCUCCCUGGGUGUAUUUUUGAAAUGAACAUGUCUGGACACAGCUAUGGUAUCCAUAAUGCUGUCUUAUCUGUUGCACAUGCUUUGCAUAAAAUGUACUCAUCUAGAUCCAAUCAUAGAGCAAAGGUGAGGCAUGAAAUGCUUGAACCAGAAGUUGUCCAGCCUUGGCAGCUCCAUGGAUUUCUUCAAGGCAGCUCCUUUAACAACUCAGCUGGAGAAACUGUUUCUUUCAAUGAGAACAGGGAAAUGGUAACUGGAUUUGAUAUACUCAAUGUGCAUUUUCCUCCAAAUAGUUCCUUGAAAAAAGUGAAGGUUGGAAGUGUGGACUCUAGUGUUCUUGAAGGAAAACAAUUUGUGAUCGAUGAGAAGAAAAUUGUGUGGCACAGGCAUUUUAACCAGGUGCUGCCCCUUUCUGUGUGUACUGACUCCUGCCAGCCUGGGUUUCAGAAGAAAAAGAGGGAAAGGGAGAAAUUCUGCUGCUAUGAAUGUGCUCCAUGCCCUGAAGGGAAGAUUUCAGCAGAGAAGGACAUGCCUGAGUGUCUUGAAUGCCCAGAAGAUGAAUAUCCAAACAAGGAGAAAAAUGGAUGUAUCCCCAGAGUGAUAAACUUUCUGUCAUAUGAAGAACCUUUAGGGAUCUGUUUAGCCUCAGUUGCUGUUUCUUUUUCCCUGAUCACAGUCUUGGUGCUAGCAACUUUUAUCAAGCACAAAGAUACUCCCAUAGUCAAAGCCAACAACCGGGAUAUCACCUACACUCUCCUGCUCUCCCUCCUCCUCUGCUUCCUCUCUUCUUUGCUAUUUCUUGGGAAAUGUACAAAAGUAACCUGCUUUGUCCGACAGUCUGCAUUUGGCAUCAUCUUCUCACUAGCCAUUUCGUGUGUGUUGGCCAAAACCAUCACUGUGGUUGUAGCUUUCAUGGCCACUAAACCAGGAUCUAACAUGAGGACAUGGAUGGGGAAAAGAUUGGCCAACUCCAUUGUUCUUUCCUGCACCCUUAUUCAAACAAGCAUUUGUGGAGUGUGGCUAGGGACAUCACCACCAUUCCCAGAUCUGGACAAGCAAUCUGUGACUGGAGAAAUCAUAGCAGAAUGUAAUGAAGGUUCCCCCAUCAUGUUUUAUCUGGUCUUGGGCUACAUGGGACUUCUGUCCAUCAUCAGCUUUACGGUGGCUUUCUUAGCUAGGAAGUUGCCUGACAGUUUUAAUGAAGCCAAGUUCAUCACCUUCAGUAUGCUGAUGUUUUGCAGUGUAUGGUUGUCUUUUGUCCCAGCCUAUCUGAGCACCAAAGGAAAAUCCAUGGUUGCUGUGGAGAUCUUUUCCAUCUUAGCGUCCAGUGCUGGGUUACUGGCUUGUAUCUUUUCUCCUAAAUGUUAUAUUAUUUUGCUGAGACCUGACCUGAACAGCAGAGAACACCUAAUAAAGAGGAGGGAUUGA